GAAUUUAAAUAUGAAUACGAGUCAAUGUUUAAGUGCGGAUCAACCCGAUUAUAUGGUACAUGCAUUACCCAAAUUUAUGGGCUUGCUUUACACGAAUAGAAGAAAGAAACAGGAAAAACAGAAGAUAAAGAAAGAAAAGGCAAGCCCUAAUCCCAAUUUGGUUUAUGCGACUCAGAAUCUCACCGGAAUUGAAUUGAUUGGGCUGAGAGAAUCAUGGGUGGUGAAUCGCGGUACGAGAUCCACCAGACCGCCUACAUUAAGCUGGUCCUCCACGCCCUAAAGCACCGGACCUCCGCCGUCAAUGCCGUCCUCCUUGGCCGCUCCGCCGCCGCCGGAGUCGAGAUCGUUGACUCCGUUCCCCUCUUCCACUCGCAGAUCGGUCUCCUUCCCCCACUUGAAAUCGCGCUCAUUAUGAUAGAGGAGUAUUAUGAAGAAAAAGGCUUGAGCAUCGUGGGCUACUUUCAUGCUAAUGAGAGAUACGAUGAUUUUGAACUCGGGAGUGUCGCUAAGAACAUUGGAGAUCACAUAACUCGGUAUUUUCCUCAGGCGGCUGUGCUUUUGCUGGAUAAUAAGAAGCUCGAAUCUUUACAAAAGGGGAAAGACCGAAGUCCAGUUGUGCAGGUAAUUUCUGCCACAAUUCUUAACAGAGGCUGUAAAAUUGAAAAUUUUGAACCUCUUUUUCUUUUUAUGUUGAGGACAUAUAUCAGUUACGUGAUUUAAGCUAUUUCCGGUGAUUGUGUACUGGUAAGGCUAUGAGUUUGAGGAAAAAUCAAUGAAACUUUGGUUGCUACUUUCAAA